AGAAUUGAUAUUUCGACGCAUGACUGAUAGAGCCAAGGAACAAGAGAUAGCUUUAAUAACAUCACAAAAGAAAUCGAUCACUCAAGAGAAAGAAAAUGAGUUUAUCAAAUUGGAUGGUACUUGUGAUGAUAAUGAAGAUAUAAUUUCUAGUUCAGAUGACAAUGACGAAUAG